AUGAGAUCAGAGAUAUUUAAACUCGAUCGUUUAUAUAAGAAAAGAACUGAGAGAGUAAAAGAGGUCUGUGAUCAACUCUAUGGCAAAGAUGGUCGCCCAGAUUUCUUCCAAGCUCUCAAGAACAUUACACUUCCGAUUCAGUUUCUCAUCGAGAAUCAGUUCCGCGUUCUCUUCUGCCAGGUCUUCAAGGCAGGAUCAACCAAUAUAAAAAGGAUAUUCAUGCAGGCUCGAGACUCCAACAGCGAGGUGCUCAACCUCGCUGAGCAGGACCCCAAGGAAGCUUGGCAAGAGGGGCUGGACACUUACAAAUACCUCACGCGAAAGACGGACCCCAGAAACGCAUCUCGUAUCGUUUCUUCGUACAAGAAGCUUCUCAUAGUGAGGCACCCGUUCGAACGUCUGGUGUCCUAUUACAGAAUGUCAUUUGAGUUGCACAUAUUUGAGAACGACGAUGUGACCGGGGCAAGCUGGCAAGUAUACAGUUCUAUAAGAAAGUUAUAUAAACUACCUCCUCUACGAAGACCAAAACCCUUGAAUUUCACUGCCCUGAUUCCAUUCAAGUCUUACGUACAGUUUAUUAUUGACUACGACUACCACACAAAGCUCGGGGACUGGAAGCCAAUAUUUUUCAAGGCCAACCACUGGCUUCCCAUCUCGAGCCAGUGUGCCCCUUGUGCGUUGACCUAUGACCUGAUUGGGAAGGUAGAAACCUUGGACGACGACAUCGAAGCCAUUACGAAGAUGCUGAACCUUAGCAGAACGAUUCGCUACCCUGAUAAGUUAAAAAGAAAGACGAAGGGCCAUGUGAGAGAAUAUUUUAAACUUUUGACUGCAGAGCAAAAGGACCGGUUAAAGGACAUAUAUGAUCUUGACUUGAAAUUAUUUGGCUACGAUUUUUAUCCCGAUUAA